AUGACGGACGGGUCCCCCGCAGCCGUUGAGCACGUGCCGUCACUGACCGAAGAGCAGCGGCGACGCGCGCAAGAGACCAUUGACGACCUCCUCGAGACGCGCCCCGACGCGACAGACCUCGAGCAGCGCAACGUGCUGUCCACGGCGUCUCCCACGGUCGCCAACACGCUCCAGGGCGUGCAGAAGCAGCUGCAGCACAAGAUGCGCUCGGACGAACUGGCGCAUCGGCUGGAGACGCGACCGGACGUGCAGGAGCUGCGGGACCAGUCGAUCGUGCACGGCAUUGACGGCGUUGCUCCGAGUUUGCAGGCGACGCAGGAGAAGCUGCAGCGGCAGCUGAAGACGGACAAAGUGAACCAGAACUUGAGCAAACGGCCGUCGGUGGAGGCGUUGCGCGCCACGGGCGUCUGGGAGACGAGUGCCGAGCUGGCGCCUCGUCUCACGGCCACGGCCAAGCAGCUGGAGAAGCAGCUGGUGCAGGACCACGUGGCGCAGUUGCUCGAGGCCCGACCGGAGAAGGACGAGCUCGUGCUGCACCAUAUUCUGCCAGAUCAGGAGGCAAUGGUGGCGCCCGUGCUCCAAGGAACGACGUUGGAACUCGAGCGGCGGUUGCGCGCGGAUCAGGUGGCGCGGCAACUUCGUCAUCGGCCGGCCGUGACGGAGCUCGAGAAGAGAGGAAUCAUUGACGAAGGAGAGCUGGGAGAGGAUAUGGUGCUACCAACGAAGGAAAAACCGCUGUCGCCUCGUGCUCGCUACGCGCUGGCGCUGAAAGCAGUCAACCGCAUUGCAGCUGACAAGAUGAUCUCUGCAGAGGAGAAGACGCGUCUGAAGGAUUUGGUUUUGCGUGGCAAUGAGACUAUUGUGGCGGCGCUCAACUGCUAUGCGCUUGACGAGGAGAACGGAGAGAAGCUCGACGCAUUGCAUUGUGCGCUUGCCAGCGCGUCGCCGUGA